AAGAAACCGAGCUUAUAAAAAGAAUGAAAAAAUUUUCUUUUUGAAAGGAAGAUUUAUAUUGAUAAAAUUUUGAUACUCACAUAAGAAUACUCAAUAUGUUCAAAAUAAUAAUUAUAAAAUGCAUUUUGCUUGUAAUUUUUUUCAUUUCCUUAACAUUUGGCCAAAAUCCAGAUUUAUGGGAUAAACCAACAAUUCGAUAUUUAAAAAAAGGAAGAAUAGGCUUAGAAGUAUCUAUACCAAAUAAAUUAGGUUUAAAAUUUUUUGCAUUUCAUGGUGCAAUCAACCGUUUUAUUAAACCAAACGAAUUUGGAGAUUUUUAUGGCGAGGUAACGGAACCGGAUGCCAAAAAUAAUAUUUGGACUUAUUCAAACAAAGAUGUUACUUUUAAUGAAAAUGAUGUUCUGUAUUAUUGGUAUCAUUAUCAAAUAAAUAGUAUACAACAGGACUCAUUAGCCGAACAAAUUGCAGCAGAUAAAAUUGAUAUACCAAAAGGUCCUUGUAAGAAAUCACAUACUUUAAUAAGUGGAAAAGCUGUAAGUUGUAGUGGAGAAAUAAUAUUUGAAGAAACAUUCGAAAAUUUAAAUUGGAACCAAUGGAAACGUGAAAUUAGAAUUCCAGCUGAAGAUUCAGCCUUUAUUUCCUACCAAGAUCGUGCGGAAAACGUAUUUAUAAAAGAUAACAAUUUAAAUAUUUUGCUUACAACACCAUAUAGUGAAAGCGAGAUAAGAGAUAUAAAUAAUACGAUAGCAUUUGCUAAAUGUACUGCACCUAGAGAUAGUGAUCAAUGUGAUCGCAAAAAUAGCUUUUGGCAAAUUUAUCCCCCCGUCGUGUCAGCAAAACUAUUGAGUUCAUUUUCUUUUUUGUAUGGAAAAAUUGAAAUUAGAGCUAAAAUGCCUAUCGGUGAUUGGAUAAUACCACAGCUUCUUCUUGAACCUAAAAAUUAUGAAUAUUCAAAUAAAGAUUCUCUAGAAUAUUCUUCUGGGCAAUUAAGAGUAGGAUUCAUUCGUGGUAAUAGGCAAAUACUGGACCUAAAAAGCCAAGCAACAAACUUGGACGGGAGAACCCUAUACGGUGGUGCUAUUUUAGAGCCUCGAAAAUUUGGUAGACAUUUCUUGAAAACUAAAAUGCAAGAAAAGCACUAUGGAGAAGAUUUUCAUAUUUAUGCUCUAGUAUGGACUGAAAACAAUAUUGAGUUGUAUGUUGAUGAUAUUAAGUAUGGAACAAUAGAAAAAGGAUUAUGGCAUAAAAUACAAGGCAAGCCUAGUAUUUUAAGUAAUAUAAAAGAUGGAAGAGUUAACUAUUGGUCAUCAGCAGGAAAUUUAAUGGCCCCUUUUGACAAAGAAUUUGUUAUUUCUCUGGGAGUAUCAGUCGGGGGUAUGGGGGACUUCCCUGAUGAUAUUAAAAAGCCAUGGACUAAUAAUGAUAUAAAGGCUGAAAUAAUGUUUUAUAAAGACAAGAAAAAUUGGAAAAAAUCAUGGGAUGACAACAAACCUGCUUUAAUAGUAGAUUAUGUACGAGUAUAUUCAGUUUAAUUUUGUUCCUUACAAUUGAGUGAAGAAUUCAGAUUUAUGUGCAUCAAAUUUUAGUUUUUUAAAAAAAGUUGGAAAUCAUUUAACAAAGCAUUUUUAUUUAAAAAUCU